AUGAGGAGUGGAGUAAAUUUGCUAAACUCAGUGAUUCCAAACAUCCGUUUUACCGUCGAUGAUCUAAAUGUAUGGGUGCAGCAAGGGCCUGAGCAAGAUUUCGAUUAUGGUGAAGAUGAUCAUGACGAAAAUUACGACAAUAUUGAAAUUGAAGAGCUUAAAAUUAAGCAUGAGGAUGCCAUUAAAAGUUUUGAUGUGUGCGUCAAGUGGGCCAAACAGAACAAUAUUGAAUCAACAAAACAGAUUGUACUAGUAGAGCUUCAAGAAGAAGCAUCUUCGUUUCAUUGUCCAUUAUUAACAUUAAUAAAUUUUUAUCUUUUUCAGGACUGUCAUGGCUCAGCAAAACACCCAAAUUCCGCGCCCAUUCAAGAUGAUACCCAAAAUUAUAAUGUGAUCGAUGGUGGACAAAAUGGAACACACACUUGGGUGGAAUUUUCACGUAAACUCGAAACAUGCGAUCCAUACGAUUUGCCUCUUGGGGUUGACACCAUCAAAGUGCUGUGGACAUUUGGCGAAACGGACCCGAUAUAUGGUGACCUGAAGGGACAUGGCAAAAAUCGCGGCUUCAAAUCCCUUAAUUUAUUUGGUCCUAUGUUUCGGAAAGAGAGCAACAUUGACACCCACAAAUGGGAUGUUACAGUGCAAAAUGUUACCAUUGAGUCCAACAUGGAUACCUUGUACUGGUGUAAGAUAAUACGUGCGCCAACAUUGAGUGAAAAGCAUCACAUAAUUGGUUACGAGGCGCUUUUGUCACGAGAGAGCAACACCAAUAAACCGCUUGUACACCACAUGACUCUCUUCGAAUGUUCGACAAAAUCAUAUCCAGGCUCGGAUCCACUCUCUUGGGAGGUGUGGGUGAAGAGUAGCGGCGCGGUGUGCAACAGUAAUUUAUUGACCCCACAUGACUGGGACUCUUGCAUCACGCCAGUGGCAGUCUGGACUAUUGGCUCAACAGGGCAAUUUUUACCGCAUCAUGUCGGAAUACCUGUGGGCGGAAAACAAGGCGCUAAGUACUACAUGCUGGAAAUACAUUACGACAAUCCACAGGCUCAACAAAUGGUAGAUCAUUCCGGCUUUCGCAUACAUUACACCAAUCGGCUGCGACAAAACGAUGCUGGUAUCAUGAUUUCUGGCGUUUCAGUCUCCGACACUCAACUGAUUCCACCCGGCCAAAAGCUUUACCGCAACAUUGGAAUAUGUGGGCCAUCCUGUUCAAGCGUGAUGUUUCCUGCAGACGGCAUCAAAAUCAUAUCCGGCACACUCCACUCUCACCACGCCGGCCGCAAAAUGGCACUACGCCAUGUGCGCGGCGGCAAGGAGUUGGAACGUAUAAUCGAGGACGACAAUUACGAUUAUAACUACCAACAGGUGCGACAACUGGAACACGAAGUCGUCGUACUCCCGGGCGAUUACAUUAUUACAGACUGCGCUUAUGAGACGAUGAACCGCAAACAUCCAACCUUCGGUGGUUACUCAACCAAACAGGAGAUGUGUCUGUCCUUUAUCACUUACUAUCCACGCAUUGACUUGGCCGGCUGCUACAGCAUGACACCAGUGCGAGAGUUUUUCGAGACGUUUGGUGUUUAUCAAUUUUAUUCGCUUAACAUGACAGACGUUGAGAAUUUAUUCCUUUACAAUGGUAAUGUGUUGGACUAUAUACCGAAUACUAUUUAUGCAAAAACGAAGAAGAAUCCUGUUAAUAUGACUGAUGAGGAGCGGCUGUAUGAAGAAUCAUUGCUAAAUAAAUUAAUAAUCUCGGAUCCCGUCGAGUUUCAUGAUCGCACUUUUCUGUCCCACUUAAAGCAGCUACCAUGGUCUGAGCCACUUUUUACGAAGCGCGUUGAACAGACCAUGAUCACUGGAAAGCAUAUGACUUUCUGCAGGGUAUCAAAUGACUCCGUGUCGAUACCUUCAGAGAUAAUACGCUAUCCAAAUUUCACCACGUUUGUGAAGGAGCCCAGCAUUUGCCCAUAUCAACUGCUUAUAGACAGCGCGCCACUUAAUAUCGGAACAUCAAUACUAAUGCAGAAUUCUAACAUUAUAACUUCGAUAUUGGUCAUGAUGGUCACAUGCUUAUUAUGUUAACCAAGACUAAUUUACAUUUGUUAUACAUUAAGUAUCUAUUUAAAACAAAUCAUCCGUCUAUAUGUAUCUAUAAUAAUUUAUUUAUUAUUUAAAUUAUUAACCCUUUUAUCAAGUUAUAUGUCUUUAUAUAUGGAAAUUACGUGAAAGUUAUUUAUGUAUGCAUGUUGUACUUACAUACCUAAAAAUUUGUAUUUAAUUGGUUUCAAAUAUUUAUGCAAACGAAUAUCUUGGGAAAAAGUAAUUGUCACGGUCAUUUGUAAAUGCCUUAAGUAACAUUUUUGGAAAACGCUUUACUUAUAUUCCUAUAGUUCUCAUUUAGAAAUAUCCUACCGAACCCCAAAGAAAACUAUUUUCAAGAGACACGUUUAAAGUUUUCAAUUGGCUUGAAUAUGAAGCAUAAUAUAACGAGUAAUUCUUACUAGAAAUGUAACUUGUAGUAUUGAUAUCUUCAGAGCACCCUGAAAGCAUUUACUUUGUUUAAUUUGUCAUUUAGACAAUUUGCAUUGUUGACUAUACAAUUGUACUUUUUACUAUCUAUUAAAUUUUUUAAGUAUUUUAAGUCAGCCCAUCCCAAACUUAUAGUCGCUUAUUUUAAGGAAAGUGAGCUCUUUGCAAGAGAAAUAGUCAUAAAAUAUGUCAGCAUUAUUUAGUGGACCUCUUAAGAUAUUUUAUUUAGUACAUAUGUAUAUGUAUAUAUAAGGAUAUAUACAUAGAGCAUAGGUUUUAAAAUCUCAAUCCAAAGAAUUAGUAUUAAAGCAUCUUUAGUAAUAACAAAAUAGCGUUGUAAGAAACCGAAAAAUUCUCUAAAUCAUCAAUAAAAAUGUACCCAGAAUGAAA